AUCGGUCCGUUUCGUGCGGGGGUGAUGAAGCUGCGCGGCACCGUUGGCGGAAUUAUAAGGCUGUACGCGGCCGGGAGGAAGCCCAACCGGCACAGCGCGCAGAUACGGGUACCAUUUGGUGCGCUGACCGGUGGUGCGCGGCGUGAGGGGCAGCCGCUACGCGCAACAACAGCAGUUGGGCAGCAAACAGGAUGCUGGGCGGCCUGGGCGGCGGCGGCGACGAUGAGGGCGACCCCUACAACUUCGACAUGGGCGGCGGCGACGACUUCGGCGGCUUCGGCCAGUCGGACAGCUUUGAUGAUGCGCCCAAGCGGCCCGCGAAGAAGGCGCCCCCGAAGCGCCCCUCCAGUAAAGCCGGCCGCUCCCUCGGGCCCAAGCCCAUCUCGAGUGAUGUGGGCACGAAGACCUUCAAGAAGGCAAGUGCAAGCGACGUCCUCGCGAAGGCCCAGGCUAUGUUGAGUAAGGCGCCCACCGGAAGCGGCCAAAAAAAGAAGGAAAGUCGUAGGUCAAGGUCGCCGUCGAUGGACGCCGAUGGGAUCAUGGCCAACUUGAGCUCCUCAGAAGACGGCAGCCCGAAGAAGAAGACGACGACGCUGCGGAGGCUCGACACGCAGUCGUUCGACCCUGACAGUUCAUUUGCGGAAGACGAGGAGGCCGAGGUGGACCUGCAGCCGCAGCAGGCCACGUCCCCCGUGAAUGAUGAUGACGACGACGAGAACAUUUUGAAUUCGGAAAUAGCACGGCAGUCCGUCUAUGGGCAAGUGCGGGACGCGUCCGCGCUCGUCCAAGAGGAGGAAGUGUCAGAAGAUGAAGUCGCAGAAGAGGAGGAGGAGGAGAAUCCACCGUUGACGGAGACGGCGAAGGCCCAGUUCACCUCGUCGAUCCACGGCAACGUCCGCAGCAUCACGGACUUGCCUUCUCGAUUGGGAGCGCCGCCAACCAGAGACUCGUCGCAGUUCGAGUUCGGGGCGGAAGUGCUCCAAUCACCUCGCGCGCCGGCCGCGGCACCGAGUCAAUCCCCGCAGAAAUUACCUCCACGUCAACCGAAGCCCAAGAUGCGGCGCCAGGUCUCCUUCGACGCGGCGCACGCGUCUAGGGACGACGCCGUGCAGAUGCGUGAGUCGAACGAGGAGGAGCCCCUCGACGAGAGCGUGGCCGACGAGUCUCUGGAAAGAUCUCCGGCACUGUCGGGGAGACCCUUCGCGUCGGACAACUCCGGCGAGUUUUUACGGGAGUCUAUUGAUGAUGAGACGUACUCGGAGGAGUUCCACGAGGGCACGAUGUCGCGGACGGCGUCGCCGCGAGCGCCCGCCGGGCCGCCCCUCGUGCCUCCCGUACAGCAGGGGCCGCCUGCGUCCGUCGUCGCGCCGCCGAUUCCUGCCGUCGCGCCGGCACCUGCGCCGCCGCCGCCGCCGCCUCAGAAACCUACAAUAGUGGCCGACGACCUGCCCUGCGGCGUAGAUUUUACGCUGCGGCUGGACAAGGUACCUCUAUCAGAAUUAGAUGGGUCCGUCACUCGACUAGUGGAAGAGGACGUGUCGAGGGCGUUAGGUAUACCACGACGGGUCGUGCAGGUAACAAGUGUGAGGGAGUCGCUGGCCGGGCCGCAGGCGUCGGUGCUAGAAUGCCGCAUCCAGGUUAAAGAUGGGGCUUCGGCGAGAAGAUUGGGCGAGGUGCUGACGCGCGCGCCGCCCAUUUUGUUGGAGAGACAAGCGCCGGACUUUUCGUCUUGUAGAUAUUUAGACAGAGUGCGGGUCCGGGACGACCCUUCACCGAAAGCGAUGCCCACGGCCUACCCCUUCGGCGAGGCGACGAAAAUCAGAGGCCCGGCGUCGGGCCCGCAGCCCGUCCGUUUACUAGUCUACGACGAGGAUGAAGAUGAGGAUGUGGACGUCGACGAGGCCGAGGGGGCCUUGCACUUAGUACGAACGAGGGAGGUCGCCACCCAAUUCUGCGGCAACGACGCUAGUAUUCAGACGGCCUACGUCUUGGCCCGUGUGGAGAUCCUUGCGAGAGACCUUCGCCGCCCUCCACGCCAUCGAGCAGACGCAGCUACGGAGAAAACGCGUCGAUGGCGUGGGGUGCCGACAUCCAGUUUUCACACAGGUACCAGAGACCAUGGGCGCCGCGCACCCGGCCUUCAAGGCCAUGACCCGCGCGACGGACGCCGCGAUGAACUCGCUGGAUCCGGCGUCGUUCCUGGAGCAACCGCCGCCACCACCACCUCAACCGUACAUGUACGGCUACCCGCCGCAACCCUACAUGAUGAUGCCACCUCCCCAAGUGUCUCCUACCGUAAUGAAGGAGGCGAGAGCCGAUUUUGAUAGGAUGUUGAGGGACCAGCAGAAGUUGCAUGAUAUGCUCGCCUCCGUGCGUCAAGAUCUGGAGAAGGCCCACGCCGACGUCAUGAACGCGGUGCCCCAGACCGCCAUGCCGCCCGCCGCUUCUGUGAUCAAGGAGCCGCGGCCGCCGGACCUGCCCUACUGGAAGGCGUACAUGGACGUCGACCCGGCGCUUACGGAACAGGAGGCGCGCGAGCUCGCCUUCAACGACGUCAAAGGCAAGUCCAUGGAGGACGUGGGGACGGGGCCCGUCGGCGCCGAGGAGGCCAAGGCGGGCGGGCCGCGCGAGUAAGAG